GCUUUUUCUGGCGGUUCUUUUUACGAGAGUGGAAGAAAAAUCGAGCGGCAGUUUGUGGAGUUUCUGUAUUACUAAUAUUAAGGAAACCCCCAAACUAGCGCUGCCAUUUUACACCAGGGCUGAACAAACAGGACCUCUCACAUGUUACCGACCUGCACAGAAAGGGUCCGGUUUCUGUGCAACUUGCCGCCCUAUAUAAAGUGAAAGUCUAUGGCGACACGACGCCAAUCAGAAAAUGAUGAUCUUCAGAAGAAUUAUGAAAUUUUAAAAAGCAAGAAUGAGAGACUGGGAAAAGUUUUAGACAGUUUAAAAAGAGAGAACGAGAGACUAGAAAAAGAAGUCUAUUUUGCAGCGGGUUUCUGCGUUGCUGUAGUUGUUGUUCUGAUUUUACUGGCAGCAGGCAUCCUCUGUUUUUCUUUUCGUAUAGAAAAGGAGGAUCUUCAGAAGAAUUAUGUUUUAGACAGUUUAAAAAGAGAGAACGAGAGACUAGAAAAAGGCAUUUUAAGUGGAGAGAAGGAGAGACUGGGAAAAGAAAAGGAGGAUCUAAAAAGAGAGAACAAGAGACUGGGAAAAGAAGCCUCUUCUAAAGUGGGUUUCUGCGUUGCGGUAGUUGUUGGGAUUUUAGUGGUAGUAACCCUCUGUUUUGCUUGUUAUACAGCUCGUUUAAAAAGAGAUAUCAAGAGACUGACAAGAGAAAAGGAGGAUCUUCAGAAGAAUUAUGACAGUUUGAAAGGCAAGAAUGAGAGACUGGGGAAAGAAAAGGAUGAUCUUCAGAAGAAUUAUGAGACUUUAAAACAGGAGAAAGAGAAGGUUGAAGCAGAUUUUAAAGAACUUCGAAGGAAUACCAACACGUGUGUCUAUGCCGUUGACAGAGAUUGGAAAAAAAUAAUUGAAGCUUGUGUCAAUGUGACUCUAGACCCCGACACAGCCAGUCCCUGCCUCACAGUCUCUGAAGACGGCUCACGAGUGAGAUUCACAGGGGAGGGAUCAGCAGAGUGGCCCAGUGUGCUGGGCAGGGAGGGGUUCACCUCAGGGGGGCACUACUGGGAGGUGGAGGUGGGGGAGAAGGGCUACUGGGUCCUGGGGGUCUCCACACACCCUCAUGAGAAGAGCAUACCUCAGAAACCAGGGGAGGGCUACUGGCUUAUGAGGCUGGUUAAAGGGAAGACCUGUAAAGCUGUGAGCCAGUCAGUGGAUCAGACCUUAAAUCUGGAGAAGAUGUGCAAGAUGUGGGGGGUGUAUCUGGAUCACGGGGGAGGAAGGCUGUCAUUUUACAAUGCAGAGACCAGAUUUCACAUUCAUACUUUAGAAGGCUCAUUCCCUGGGCAGGUCUACCCCAUUUUCAGCCCAGGGUCACACGAUAAAGGACCCUUGAUAAUCAAUACAAAAGUGAAGAAUGUGUAGUCCUGACAAGUAGCCUGCUACACUAUCUAUCUAUAUAUAUAUAUAUAUAUAUAUAUAUAUAUAUAUAUAUAUAUAUAUAUAUAUAUAUAUAUAUAUAUAUAUAUAUAUAUAUAUAAACACACAGUUAUAUGCUGUGGAUUCUAAUUCAAGGACAUAGAUAUUUUAACAACACAUUGACACCAUGAUUUUAUUUCAAAUAUUUAGACUCGUAUUUCCUCAAUCAGAUAUCCUGCUUGCAUAUUCAUGUUAGAUUUGCUGGUUUAAGAGUGGUAUUGGUUUGUAUAGAAAAGCCACAUGGAUGAAUGCUCGCUUUUCCAUGUAGUUGAUAUUUACACUGAAACUGGAAUAUCACCUGGAUACUAUUGCUGGCUGAGAUUAAUGUUCUGACUUGUGCUAUAUUGAUGCUAAUCUUCUUUUACAUUUUUUUCAAUGUAUUAUUUUACCAACUUUAUUAAAAAUAUAUAUAUACAUAAA